CUCCACAUUUACUAGAUCGGUAGAACAGUGCAGAAGAUAGCCUCCCCCAUCUCUCGUGAGGACUAAAAAGGAAACGCUUGCUACGUUGGCUAGUUUAUUCCAAACCAAAGCUGUUUUUCUAGCUACAGUGAGCACUGAUUUGACAGACAAGCAAGAGACAGCAUUUGUUGAGGAUUCCAUAAACAACUUGAGAUAUUUACUAGUAUAUUAUCUCAUUUAUAAACCACAACGUAAUCUACAGUGAUGCCAUCCGAUAGACCAUUCAAACAAAGAAGGUCAUUCGCUGAUCGUUGCAAAGAAGUGCAUCAAAUCCGUGACCAGCACCCCAACAAAAUCCCAGUAAUCAUUGAGCGUUAUAAGGGAGAGAAGCAGCUGCCUGUGUUGGACAAGACAAAGUUUCUUGUCCCUGACCAUGUCAACAUGAGCGAGUUAGUGAAGAUAAUCAGGCGCCGGCUGCAGCUCAACCCCACGCAGGCCUUCUUCCUCCUGGUCAACCAGCACAGCAUGGUGAGCGUCUCCACGCCCAUCUCCGAGAUCUACGAGCAGGAGCACGACGAGGAUGGGUUUCUCUACAUGGUUUACGCCUCUCAGGAGACUUUUGGAUACUAGGAGUGAGGGAAGUCUGGUCAAAGAUAUCGGUGAGAUAGGAGGCACAGGGGUACAGAGAGAGGCGAGGUAGCGUUAGGAUGAUUGAGUUCCCUUAAGGAUAAUUAAACAGACACCACCAUGUCUUUUCAUGACACUAGUAGGUAAACAGGAACGCUAUGUGCAGCAUCCCCCUCCCUAUUUUCCCCCCGUUAUUCGUUGGAAGUACAUUUCUAUUAGGAGUCUUUUUUUCCUUUAGUCAUAGGCCAGUGUUUUUGGCCCAUUGGUUUUGAUUUUAUAGUUCAUUAUUUUAUUUCCAACUGGAACCUGGUUUUUCAGAUAGAGUAGAACACUGUUAGUGUUUUUUUUUAGGUGUUGUAACACCUUUUUACUUACGUGGUCAUAGGUGCUAUUGCCUAAACCAAUGGUUAUUAAUCUUGUCUAGAGUUUCCCCAAUAUUGACACAGCUUACCUUUCUGGCACAAGUCUGCCAAAAGUGCAAGUGAAUUAAUUACACAACAAGACAUGCAAUUUGCUCUACCAUAGGCUAAGCCAUCAAUAUCCCUGUACCUAAAUCUGCUAGCGCAUUGGGUAUUUUAGGUUGUUCUCCCCUCUCCCUCCAUUUAAGUACUGUUUAAUAAUCAAUCAGAUUAAUCAAAUUUGUUUGUCUGUCACCUUUAGCAGUUGACUGGUUUCAUGAGCAAGAUGACCAUCCGUACAGUCAUAACAGGUAGUGGUGGGUAUGUGUGUUGUGAUAUAAGCUAGUACUUAGAAUUGAGUAGUGGAAACAGAUGUAUAAUGUAGAAAUAAAUACGCUUCUUUGCACAUAUACAUUUAUACUAUUAUAAUAAGACUCAGUAUUGAAAAGAAAUAAAUGACUAACACAUUUUAUUCUUUUGUAUCUGAUAUUCUCUCCUUUAGAACACUGUUCUGUACGUAUGCCUUUGGUAAAAUGACUUUUGAAACUAUGGGUUUGUGAUGCACUACUACAUACCUUGCAUGUUUUUCAUAGUUUUUUUGUAUUGAUUUUGGCAUACAAUAAUUGUAAGUGUAUUAAAACAUUUAUUUUUAGAACUGUUUCCAAACCAAAAACUGAAAAAUGUAUGUUAACAAUUGUGUGUGUAUAAACCAUAAAAUACUGAAGUUGUUUAUUUAAAUUCCUCAAUUGUAACCAGUGUCAAUGUUGAGUACAAAUUAGGGGCAAGCAAUAACAGCCUUCAUAUUACUGAUAAUCUGGGCAGAUAUAUACAUUUGCAUAAAAGCAGCACCAUCACCACGGGCGUCUUGUAUGGUGUGAGCAGUCAGUCAAAAUAAUAGUUUAUUUUGUGUUUAUACUUGUGGAAAAUAAAUUCUGAUGGAUAUACUUUC